GGCUCCCGGCAGAGCUGCGGCGGCGAAGUUGUGUGGGAGCCGCCGCCGAAGUGUCCCGCCGAGCGGCUCGCGCAGCGCCCGCCCCGCGCCCUCCGCCGCUCCGCCUCGCGACCCUCGCGCGGGCAGCGGGCGGCCCCUGGGGGCUCGCGAGCGGCCGUCGUCUCCUCACCUCAGGCAGAAGAUGGCUGAGCGCAGCCUCCCGAAGGGAUGGCGAUAGCCGGCCCUCGGUGGAGCCGGCGUGCGGGGAGGGCUCCUUCCCACCGUGCUGCGAGUCCUCCCGCGCCGCUGGUGUGGCAGGCGGCUCUGAGUUGGUAGGCGCCUGAAGGCGAUCUGUCCCGGCCUCACCUUUUCGCGUUCUCGGCGGUUGGCUUCACCCGUCUUUCCUAUGGCUGGGAUAUACAGCUCUACUCUGAAGACCCUGGAGGAUUUGACUUUGGACUCUGGUUAUGGGGCAGGGGAUUCCUGCAGGUCCCUCAGUCUCUCUUCUUCCAAGUCUAACUCCCAAGCCUUCACCUCUUCUCAGCACAGAGGCAACUGGUGGUACUACUCGGGCUCCAUGAACAGUCGGAAUAACAGCUGGGAUACCGUGAACACAGUUCUGCCGGAAGACCCCGAAGUUGCAGAUAUCUUUUCCAAGUGUCCUAAGCUGCCGGAUCUAGAGGAAUACCCUUGGACUGAUGAAGACAUUGGAAAAAUACUCAGAAAAGGGAAAGGAGAUGGCAGUACCAGAAUCUUUUCUCAGGAAGCUGUCAGGAGGCUCUCGCAGCUGCUGAGGCGCGCCCUGAUCAGGGUCUCCAGGGAAGCUCAGCGCCUCAGCGUGAUGCACUCCAAGUGCACCAGGUUUGAGGUGCAGAGUGCUAUCAAGCUCAUCCAGAGCUGGUCCUUGUCAGAAAGCUGUGUCUUGGCGACUGUCAAGGCUCUCUCUCUGUACAGCAUGAGUGCUGGAGAUGGACUGAGGAAAGGUAAAUCGGCGAGAUGUGGCCUCACUUUUUCAGUGGGGAGGUUUUUCAGGUGGAUGGUGGACACGAGGAUCUCGGUUAGGAUCCACGAAUAUGCAGCCAUCUCUUUAACAGCUUGCAUGGAAAACCUUGUAGAAGAGAUUAAGGGUAGGGUUUUGGUAAGUCAGAGCCCGGAUGGUGGAGGAGGGGAGAUCUCGGCUGAAAUCCUGGAGAUGGUUAUCAACAACGAUGCUGAACUUUGGGGAGUAUUGCAACCUUACGAGCAUCUCAUCUGUGGGAAAAAUGCUAAUGGUGUGCUGUCCCUGCCUGCCUACUUCAGCCCCUACAACGAUGGCUCCGUGUGCAGCGAUGGACGGGCUGAUGCUUACGCCCAGCUGGAGCUCCGAACUUUGGAGCAGUCUCUGUUGGCAACUUGUGUUGGAAGCAUCUCUGAACUGAGUGAUUUGGUAUCACGAGCAAUGCACCACAUGCAGUGUUUGAACACCAUCCGCCCAGGGAUGAGCCCCAUCCGGCAAACCCGGCAGCAGCAGCAGCCCAUCUCCUGGUCCCCUGAUGCUCUCCACACCCUCUACUACUUCCUACGUUGUCCUCAAAUGGAGUCCAUGGAGAACCCCAACCUUGAUCCUCCAAGAAUGACCCUGAACAAUGAACGACCCUUCAUGCUUCUGCCACCACUGAUGGAGUGGAUGAGAGUGGCAAUCACCUACGCUGAGCACCGGCGCAGUCUGACCGUGGACAGUGAUGACAUCAGGCAGACAGCCAGGCUGCUCCUACCUGGACUGGACUGUGAGCCCCGGCAGCUCAAACCUGAAUGUUGCUUUAGUUCCUUCCGGAGGCUGGAUGCCAAGGCUGCUACUGAAAAAUUCCAGCAGGAUCUGGGUUUCCGAAUGCUGAACUGUGGAAGGACAGAUCUGAUCAACCAAGCAAUUGAUGUGCUGGGACCUGAUGGGGUUAACACCAUGGAUGAUCAGGGUAUGACCCCACUGAUGUAUGCCUGUGCUGCUGGAGAUGAAGCCAUGGUCCAAAUGCUUAUAGAUGCUGGAGCAAAUUUAGAUAUCCCAGUUCCCAGUACCUCUCCAAGAUAUCCUUCAGUCCAUCCCGACAGCAGACACUGGACUGCUCUCACCUUUGCUGUGUUACAUGGACACAUCUCUGUUGUUCAGCUGCUCUUGGAUGCUGGUGCCCACGUUGAGGGCUCUGCUGCUAACAGUGGAGAAGACAACUAUGCUGAGACUCCACUUCAGCUGGCAUCAGCAGCAGGCAACUAUGAGUUGGUCAGCUUACUGCUAAGCAGGGGUGCUGACCCACUCCUGAGUAUGCUGGAAGUCAAUGGGAUGUCUUCACCACUUCAUGAAGAAAUGAAUUGCUUCAGUCACUCAGCUGCACAUGGGCACAGGAAUGUUCUGCGCAAGCUCCUGACCCAGCCCCAGCAGCUGAAGGGAGAUGUCCUCUCCCUGGAGGAGAUUUUAGCUGAGGGAGUGGAAAGUGACACCUCCAGCCAGGGCAGCUCCAGUGAGGGGCAGGUCAGGCUCUGUAAAACAAGGAUGAAGGCUCUGCAGGAGGCCAUGUAUUACAGUGCUGAGCACGGCUACGUAGACAUCACCACGGAGCUCAGGGCCCUUGGAGUCCCCUGGAAGCUCCACGUGUGGAUCGAGUCCCUCCGGACAACCUUCUACCAGUCUCGUUACUCAGUCGUCCAGACCCUCUUAAGGGAAUUUGUCACCAUUAAGGAAGAGGACUACAAUGAGGAACUGGUUAAUGAAGGGCUGCAGCUCAUGUUCGAUAUCCUCAAAACCAGCAAAAAUGAUUCUAUCAACCAGCAGCUUGCAUCCAUCUUCACCCACUGCUAUGGCAGCAGUCCCAUACCCAGCAUUCCUGAAAUCCGAAAGACACUGCCAGCCAGGCUAGAUCCUCACUUUCUAAACAAUAAAGAAAUGUCUGAUGUCACUUUCUUAGUAGAAGGAAAGCUAUUUUAUGCACACAAAGUCCUGCUGGUUACUGCAUCUAACAGGUUUAAGACCUUAAUGACCAAUAAAACAGAACAUGACAGCCACGGCAGCAAGACUGUUGAAAUCAGUGAUAUGAAAUAUAACAUUUUCAAGAUGCUGAUGCAGUAUUUAUACUAUGGAGGAACGGAAUCCAUGGAAAUUCCCACCACUGAUAUCUUAGAGCUGCUGUCUGCUGCCAGCCUGUUCCAACUGGAUGGCCUCCAGAGACACUGUGAAAUCCUCUGUGCCCAGACGAUCAGCAUGGAGAACUCUGUUAACAUCUAUAAAUAUGCAAAGAUUCACAACGCACCUGAACUUGCCUCUUUUUGUGAAGGCUUCUUCCUCAAACACAUGAGCUCCCUUCUAGAACAGGACUCAUUCAAGCAGCUGAUCUACAGCAGGAACAGCAAAGUGCAAGGCCUGGACCCUCUGCGGGACCUGCAGACAGCCCUGGCCCUGCGCCUGCACUCCAUGUACGUCACCUCCAGGGUGUGAAGUGGGACCCAGGCAGUGGCAGGAGCAGUGGUGCAAACUGCAGGGGAUGUGUCAGCAGGCAGAGCUGGGGCUUUGCCUCCUGGAUCUUGCUGAAAGUCCCCUACAACAGAUACCCCCUAGGCAAGGGUGCUGUGCCUCGUCCCACUGACCAGGGCUGGGGAGUUUCUCUGUGCUGCUACUGUCACAGGAACACUGUCACAGCACAAACAAGAACUGAGGAUGCAAGUGAAGAAUCUGAACCAGAGGGAAAAAACAAUGCUGCCAUUUAACCAAGCACAACACAGGGCUGUAGAGAAGUGAGGCAAUACACCUAGACCCAACACCUAGUAUGUAGUCUUCAGUGUCUGUCCACACACCACCUGGUUCAUACACACAGAUGUUGUCCAUGUAAAAAGGCUGCAGAGGAGGAGUUGUCUAAUCCUACAGACCACUGCCUGUUCAACCAGUCAUCUGUCUGACCACAAAGACUGGUGCACACAAACUGCAUCACUGCAGUAGUAAACACCAGUGUCUGUACAUGGCAAGAGACUCUGACAUUCAUUUCCCCCUCCAAACUGUUUGCCCCUUGAGAGAAAGGUGUUUUGUAGAUGUUCAAAGCUGAGUAGAAACUAACACUAACUCUGAAAGUA